UCCGCUGUCGUUCCUCCCGGCGGGUCCGUCGGUCUCGGCUCCGCUCUCGGUCCUGUCCUCGGCCCCGCUUCGCCACCGCCUUCACCGGCGCCAUGAACAAGAAGAAGAAGCCGUUCCUGGGCAUGCCCGCGCCCCUGGGCUACGUGCCGGGGCUGGGCCGCGGAGCCACAGGCUUCACCACCCGCUCGGACAUCGGGCCUGCCCGGGACGCCAACGACCCCGUGGACGAUCGGCACGCGCCGCCCGGGAAGAGGACGGUGGGGGAUCAGAUGAAGAAGAACCAGACAGCUGAUGAUGAUGAUGAAGAUCUGAACGACACCAAUUACGAUGAGUUCAAUGGAUACGCUGGGAGCCUGUUCUCAAGUGGCCCCUAUGAGAAGGAUGAUGAGGAGGCAGAUGCUAUUUAUGCAGCUCUGGAUAAGAGGAUGGAUGAACGCAGGAAAGAGAGAAGGGAACAACGAGAAAAAGAGGAAAUAGAGAAAUACCGGAUGGAACGGCCCAAAAUCCAGCAGCAGUUCUCGGACUUGAAGCGGAAGCUGGCGGAGGUGACAGAGGAAGAGUGGCUGAGUAUCCCAGAGGUGGGAGAUGCCAGGAACAAGCGCCAGAGGAACCCCCGCUACGAGAAGCUGACGCCUGUUCCCGACAGCUUCUUUGCAAAGCAUCUGCAGUCAGGGGAGAACCACACCACUGUGGAUCCCCGCCAGACGCAAUUUGGUGGAUUGAACACUCCGUAUCCAGGCGGCUUGAAUACUCCAUACCCAGGAGGAAUGACACCAGGCUUAAUGACACCUGGGACAGGUGAAUUGGAUAUGAGGAAGAUUGGCCAAGCCAGGAACACCUUGAUGGAUAUGAGGCUAAGCCAGGUGUCGGACUCUGUGAGUGGCCAGACUGUGGUGGACCCCAAGGGAUAUUUGACAGACUUGAAUUCCAUGAUUCCGACACAUGGAGGAGAUAUCAAUGAUAUCAAGAAAGCUCGUUUGCUCCUGAAAUCUGUACGAGAGACCAAUCCUCAUCAUCCUCCAGCCUGGAUAGCAUCAGCCCGCCUGGAGGAGGUCACUGGCAAACUGCAAGUGGCUCGAAACCUCAUCAUGAAAGGGACAGAGAUGUGCCCCAAGAGUGAAGAUGUUUGGUUAGAAGCUGCCAGGCUUCAGCCUGGGGACACAGCCAAGGCCGUGGUGGCCCAGGCUGUCCGCCACCUGCCCCAGUCUGUCCGGAUCUAUAUCAGAGCUGCAGAGCUGGAGACAGACAUCCGGGCCAAGAAACGUGUCCUGAGGAAAGCCCUUGAGCAUGUUCCAAAUUCGGUGCGUCUGUGGAAAGCAGCUGUGGAGCUGGAGGAACCUGAGGAUGCCAGGAUCAUGCUGAGCAGAGCUGUGGAGUGUUGCCCAACCAGUGUGGAACUGUGGCUCGCGCUGGCCAGGCUGGAGACCUAUGAGAACGCUCGUAAAGUCCUCAACAAAGCCCGGGAGAACAUUCCGACAGAUCGUCACAUCUGGAUCACUGCUGCCAAGCUGGAGGAAGCCAAUGGAAACACCCAGAUGGUGGAGAAAAUCAUCGACAGAGCCAUCACUUCUCUUCGGGCUAACGGGGUGGAGAUCAACAGGGAGCAGUGGAUACAGGAUGCCGAGGAGUGUGAUAAAGCUGGAAGUGUGGCCACGUGCCAGGCAAUCAUGCGAGCUGUGAUUGGGAUUGGGAUUGAGGAGGAAGAUCGGAAGCACACCUGGAUGGAAGAUGCAGACAGUUGUGUUGCUCACAAUGCUCUGGAGUGUGCCCGAGCCAUUUAUGCCUAUGCCUUGCAAGUUUUCCCCAGCAAGAAGAGCGUGUGGCUUCGAGCUGCCUACUUUGAGAAGAACCAUGGGACCAGAGAAUCCUUGGAGGCUCUUUUGCAGAGAGCUGUUGCUCACUGUCCCAAAGCAGAGGUGCUGUGGCUCAUGGGAGCCAAAUCCAAGUGGCUGGCAGGAGAUGUGCCAGCAGCCAGAAGCAUUUUGGCCCUGGCUUUCCAGGCCAACCCCAACAGCGAGGAGAUCUGGCUGGCUGCCGUGAAGCUGGAGUCAGAGAACAAUGAGUAUGAAAGAGCAAGGAGGCUGCUGGCAAAGGCUCGAAGCAGUGCCCCCACUGCAAGGGUCUUCAUGAAGUCUGUGAAGUUAGAAUGGGUACUUGGGAACAUUGCUGCAGCCCAGGAGCUUUGUGAGGAAGCCCUGAAGCACUAUGAGGACUUCCCCAAACUGUGGAUGAUGAAGGGACAAAUUGAGGAACAAAAGGAGCUGGCAGAGAAAGCACGGGAGGCUUAUAACCAAGGGUUGAAAAAGUGUCCCCAUUCCAUACCCCUGUGGCUUUUGCUGUCCAGGCUGGAGGAAAAGGUUGGGCAGCUGACUAGAGCAAGAGCCAUCUUGGAAAAGUCUCGCCUAAAGAAUCCAAAGAAUCCAGAUCUCUGGUUGGAGUCUGUGCGACUGGAGUACAGAGCUGGGCUGAAGAACAUUGCAAACACCCUGAUGGCCAAGGCAUUGCAGGAAUGCCCCAACUCAGGAAUCCUGUGGUCAGAGGCAAUUUUCCUUGAGGCACGACCGCAACGGAAGACCAAGAGCGUGGAUGCUCUCAAGAAGUGUGAACAUGACCCACAUGUCCUGUUGGCUGUGGCCAAGCUGUUCUGGAGCGAGCGGAAAAUAACCAAGGCCAGAGAGUGGUUCCACCGAACAGUGAAGAUCGACUCUGACCUGGGGGAUGCCUGGGCUUUCUUUUACAAAUUUGAGCUUCAGCAUGGUACAGAGGAACAACAAGAGGAGGUGAGGAAGCGCUGUGAGAAUGCUGAACCUCGCCAUGGGGAGCUCUGGUGUGAUGUCUCCAAGGACAUAGAGAAUUGGCAGAAGAAGAUUGGAGAGAUUCUUGUGCUUGUGGCAGCCAAGCUUAAAAAUACCUUCUAGAGCAUGCUGGCCUCAGCUGCCUGAGUCACCCCUGUAGGGCUUCCCUGCUUUGGGUGUGUUUGUCCUGACCGUGGCACAGACCCCAGAGGACAGGAGAUGGGUGGUGAUAGGAAAGAUCUUUCUUCCAAACAGAAAAGCUGAUUCCCUCUCUUCCCAGUGGUUUUGCUCUUGGCUCACACAGCACAGUCAUCAGCUCCUGCAACACAUCUGAGCUGGUGUCACAUAGAAGAGACAAGCAGCCUUGGGAAGCUGCCUCGGCAUUUUCAUUCUGAUGCUGAAUCCCCUCUGUAAAUACAAGCUUUAAUUAGCGCUUGUGUGGAUUCUGAUGUGUAGCAGUCCCUCUGCUUUCCUCCCCAGCAUGUAUUCCCAUCCUCUCCUGUCCCCCUUUGUGCAGUUUCUUUAGUGUUUGGCCCAUCUGGUGCUGGUUCCUUGUCAGCAGAUAUGGUUUGGAGACCCUGAAUAUCCUUGGAGGGGCCCAGCAGCCCACGGGAAGGGCUGGCCUGGGCUGGCCCCUUGUUUGGUUUUUAGUUUUUUGCCACAAGUCUGGUUUAGCUUGGUCUCCUCUGCUGGCAAGCAGCAGCACAGCUGGGAGUAUUCCUCAAACCUGAGUAGAUGGAGCAUUUUCUGGAAUUCAAGAGCAUAUUUUUUAGAGACCUUCUCAAAUUUUUAAUGUAUAUAGUAUAACCUUACUCUUUUAGGUGCCUGAUUUCAUUUAGCACAGUGGUAUUUUAAAGUAACAAGACAAACCCAGCAACCUUUAUUUAGAGGCAUUGAGACCCUGUGUCCUUUUACAGUGGCAGCAGCUUUUAGUUGGGAUGUUUGGGAUGCCUCUCCUCAAGUGCAGAUGGAAAAAAGCAAAUUCAUGAAAAGCUUUGUGUUUGAGACCCUUUAUAAAUAGUUGUCUUCAGUUUUCUACACUUGUGAUCUGUAUUAUUUUGACUCUCAAAAUCCUGACUUUCUAGUGACCACUGAACGAAAAUCUGUGAUGUCUUAUGUGUGAGGAUAUAGUGAAAGUAUCCAGGUCUCUGUGUGUGCAUUAUGGAAUGUAUUUAAUUGGAGGAGAAAACCCCUUGCCACUUGUUUGGACAAUGUGUAUAAAAUACAGCUUGUUUUUUUGUUUCCUUACGCUCUCCUUGAAUUGUGGUCUUGCCCUUUGACUGGGAAGAGCGGGUCUGAUAGCAGAAACCUUUGAACUUAUCAGGCUCCCACCACUCUGGGAAUCUGUCUGCCAGGGGUGGAUACUCCAAGCUGUCCUACAGCCUUUUGCCAACAAGGGUGAGGAGCCUGUCAUUGAACUGAGGUAGAAACGGUUGGUUUUGAGGCAAAAGCCUGUUUUUCUUUGGGGUUUGUAACGGAAACUUGUGCUCUCUCUUGCAUACCUGGUGAAAGGGUGUGGAGCUGCAGCUCCAUUAAGGAGGGUCUAGAUCCUGUCCCGUGGAAUUGUAGUUUCCCAGAGGUGAGUGAGAGGUGUGGAGAGGCUCUUGCUCGGGGAUGUCGUGCCGUUGCUGGCGUCAUUCUUUUGUGUGGGCUUACGGAAAGGAGGGGGGAACUGGGGAAGGAGAACAGAAAUACUAUUUUGUUGUGAAAAGAACAGGGCAGAUGUGUGGGAACGGAACAUGGCUAGACCAGGAUUUCAAGCCAGAAACUGCAGGAUAAAAAGUGCUAAAAAGUAUUUUCCAGCACAUGCUGUCCUUCCUCAGCCCCCUGUGCCCCUCAGGUAGCUUUUGCUCUUCCUCCAUGAUGUGCAAGUGCUUGGACAUGGGGACUGGAUCCUGGUUCUCUGGGAAGGGAACACAGUGACUGGGUUAGUGGAGCAUUUCCUAGUGUAGGCAUGUGCUCAGGAAAGCUGAGUGCUGGUUGUCCCUAAAUUCCUCUGCCGUGUGGUGCUCUCGGGUGGCUGUGGAUUGGGAUGGGGCAGGACAGCUGCAACUGCAAUGCCAUGGCUUUUUUUUCUGAAGAGAUUCCUGACUUGUGUCAGUAUUUGGAGCAUCUCUCUCCAGCCAGAUGCAGCACAUGUCCCCACUGAUCAGGAAGUCUGUGCCCUCACAGCACUAAUGUCCUUUUUCCACCUGCUCUUUGCAGCUUCCCCUGGCCCAGUGGGGAACAUUCCUUGGGUUUGGGGUUGUUUGUUUUGGUUUUAGCUAAAAGGUUUCAUCAGUCUUAGAGUCUUCUAAUGUUUAUAGAUGUCUUUGUGGUUUUGAAAUGGAUUAUGGCACCUACAAAUUUUAACUGCAUAUGUAGAGCUCAAUAAACAAGUUAUAUGGG